AUGAGUCCCCCUGGACUGCACCAUCCAUCCUCAGGAGGCUCUGUCCAACGCUCAGGCGAGGAGGAUGAGGCUUAUCUUUUCCACAACUCAGAGAGGGUCUGCAGCAACGCGCAAAAGCAAAUGCUACUGAGGACCGGAGAAGCCUUGGGUCUAGGUGACAGCAAGCCGCGCGCUUCUCGACUUCCGGGUACGCUUGAAGUCCCGCCCGCCACUCCGCUUCCGGAUACGCGCCCCGCCCUCCGGUCCACGCGCAAACACUCGCGCGGCCCCCGCCCCUUCCGGGAAACCUGCUCCUGGGGAAACGAGCGGCCGCCCCGGUCCCCGGCACUGACUUACCUCGCAGUCGUUUCCGCGGCGCAGGUGAGGGAGGACCGGCAGGGGACGUCAGGCGCUGCGCCUCGCCGUGCCUGCCGGACCAGGAUGGCCCUGGACCCUGACGGGGACCGGACGGAGCUCGGUGCUGAAGUGGCGCCCAGCCAGUCCCAGGUUCCCCACACUGCCUCCCGCCUCCCUUCCGCCGCGUGCAGCUCGCUCCUUCGCGGGUCCGCGCCGCCGCCGCCGCCGAACUCACGGGAGCAGCCUGUCGAAGAAGAAAUGCGAUUAACUGGUAGCCCUCUGAAAUGGUCAUUGGAAUCCCAAGCGAAAGAUAAGUGUUGCAACAGGUGUCAUUAUGAAGGAAGGUGCACGAUAGUACGCUGAUCGCUUAUUGCCAAAAGAUAAAUAUGUCAAGAGAGGGAGAGGAUCACAAAAGACACGAUAAAGGAGUCUUAUUAAGC